AUGCAGGUGCAUGAUGACAUAGAGGCAUUCCUGGCGUUCUACGAGUCAUUGCCGGGCCCCAAGCGCCUCAUCGGCUACAGCAAGUUUGCAGAGCGCCACUAUGCUCAGGAUGGACUGUAUGGUCCAGGGACGUGGCUUGUGUUUGGCAGCGAGACUUCAGGCCUGCCGACCAUGGCCGUGGAGGCCGUCAACAACGACGCAGGGAAUAGUGCCAUGGUGAAAAUACCCAUGCAGCAGCAGCAUGUGCGCAGCCUGAACCUGGCAACCAGCGUGGGCAUCGGCGUGUAUGAGGCGCUGCGGCAGCUCGACGGCGCCGUCCUGCCGGACGUGAAAAAUUACUGA